GGGAUUUGAAAGAUAUUCCGGGAUUUUUUAAUAAUUCUCCUCAACGCGUAGAGGUACUGAACAGAAUUGUGGGGAAAAAAUUCCACAAGGAGCAACAACUCGUAGGAAUUUUAAUAUUCGAACAAUAAAUGUAGUGUUUGAGAACAGAGAAUCUCUCAUUAAAUGCAUGGAAGAAAUAGAAGAAAAUUUCACUAAUGAAACCGUUUGCAAGACAGCUUGCGGAAUUCGCCGUAUGUUAAACGAUUCUCUCUCGCGUUUUGGUUGACAUUUUUUCAUCAUGUCAUGCCUUACGUCGACAUCUUGUUCAACCAGUUGCAGAAGAGAAAAUCCGAGCCAGCGCAAGUUAAAACGGCUACCGAUAAUUUUGAAAAAUGUAUUGUCGUAGAGAGAAAUAGAAUUGAUGAUAUAACAAAUGAAGCCAAAAGUAUUUGCACUGAACCCCAAGGCAACAAAAGGAGACGACGUAAUAAUAGCAGUCGCGAUCACCGAGUUGCCGCAUUAGAAGUAUGCGACAAUAUAGUGAAUUCUGCAAAUGACAGAUUUCAAUUCAAAGUUCAUUUGGUAGCCGCAUCCCUUUUUUUUUCCCUUGAAAACUUUGGAGAAUACUGUGGUAAGUUUCCUGAUGACAAGUUGGAAACUACCUGCUUGGCUUAUCCCGAAUUAGAAAAUAGCCGUUUAAAGACAGAGUUGUCUGUUAUUUAUGCACGGAAUGAUUGCCGAGAUUUACAUGGAACUCUAAAGAAACAAAAAAGCUAUUAGAAAUUAUUGUUACAACUCCUAUGUCAGCAUCAGAGGCUGAGCUAAAUUUCUCAACAUUGUAAAGAAUCAAGACUGUUCUUCGUAAUACUAUGACCCAGGAUCGCCUUACAGCAUUGUCGAUGACGUCCAUUGAAAAGUAAUUUAUUUCGACCAAGGAAAAUUUCAACGGGAAGGUGAUCGAUAAAUUUGCUGCCAAUAAGCAGCACAUGAUCGAACUGACAUAUAAAAAAUAGGUAAGUUCGGAUUUGCAGAACACCUGUUUUAUUUUGCCACGAGCCGCCACUGAGUUACAUCACAAAUAACUCAAGUGUCAUGAAGUUUAGGCAACACGCACACUACAAGUAGAUAUGAACUGAAUUAUAGAUAAUUCCGAGAUAACAUUCCUCCAGAAAAAUCGACAUAAUGCCAUCUAAAAUCGAUAUAAUAGAGAU